AUGUCCUACUACGACAGCAACGAGAAGCUCGGCAGGGAGCGCCUCCUCUCCAAGGAGCCUGCUCUCGUCGAGCCUGUCACUCAGCCUCGGCCAAAGAUCAAGCGUUCAACUCGCUUCCGCGGCUUGCUCGUCUCCAUCCUCGCUCUUUCCUCCCUUUACUAUCUCACCCACCGCACUUUCCGCGGCCAUGGCCACAACCUCAAGGUCAAGGGCGAGUGCGCCAUGAAACACGCUGACGCUGCCUGGGCGUUCUCUGUUGCGGACAGCCCGAAGCCGCCUCUCCGCGGUAAGGCUGCGGAGGAGCUCUUCCUUACCGUUCCCAACUCGGCCAGCGCCAUUCAGGCGUCGCGCCUGUACGCGACCAAGCCGCACAUUGCCGGUUCGGAGGGUGACCUCCAGACCGCGAGGGACUUCCUUUCGCUCCUGCAGACUGAGCUCGGUGUCGAGGCGCCUGAUAAUGAGCCAAUCUUCCCCGCUGGAUCCGAGUCCUCUCGCCAGGCUACCCUGGGAAUCACCAACUUGACCAAGCCUUCAGCUUGGAUCGACGUUUACUACCCCGUUCAGAAUCUACCGGUCAGCCACAGUCUUGAGAUCCUCGACGCCGACGGAAAUUCUGUCUGGGAAGCCGAUCUCGAGGAGCAGGCCGAUGGAACUGACCCUGAGGCGACGGAAUAUCGCACGGCUGUUCCGGUCUUCCACGGCCUCAGUAAGGACGGCGAGGCCACAGGCAAGCUCAUCUAUGUGAACUACGGCCGCAAGCAGGACUAUGACGAUCUCGUAGCCAAGGGCGUCGACUUCAAGGGCGCUAUUGUACUCGCUCGCUACGGUGGUAUCUUCCGUGGUUUGAAGGUCAAGGGUGCAGAGGAACUCGGCGCCUCUGGUAUUCUCAUCUAUUCGGACCCCCGCGACGACGGCACCGUCACCGAGGAGAACGGCUAUGUUGCGUACCCGCACGGCCCCGCUCGCAACCCUACUUCAGUCCAGCGCGGCUCGGUCCAGUACCUGUCCAUGUAUCCUGGUGACCCGACCACCCCCGGUUAUCCCGCUUACGAAAACGCGACGCGCACGGAGGGCUUGAACAUUCCCGGCAUCCCGAGUCUUCCCAUUUCGUGGGCAACCGCCAAAGUCCUUCUUGAAGAACUUGAGGGCGAGAACCGUCAGGUGAAGCUCGUCAACCAUGUUGAUAACAAGGUCACCCCCAUCUGGAACCCCAUGGGAGUCAUUCCUGGCCACAUAUCCUCCGAAGUGAUCAUCGUGGGGAAUCACCGCGAUGCGUGGGUCAUGGGUGCCGCCGAUCCUAGCUCGGGCACUGCAUCUGUGAACGAGGUUAUCCGCGGUAUUGGCGAGCUUCUGAGGAAUGGCUGGAAGCCUCUCCGCACGAUAGUCUUCGCUUCAUGGGAUUCGGAGGAAUAUGGUCUCAUCGGUAGCACCGAAUGGGGCGAGGACUUUGCGGACUGGAUUCAGCAGCAUGUUGUCGCAUACUUCAACCUUGACAGCUCAUCCGCUGGUAGUGCAUACGACGCUUCCGGCUCGCCCUCGUUCUCCCAUUUCAUUCGCGAGACGGCCGAGGCUGUUCAACAUCCGACGGAUCCCGCCCGCACACUCUGGGAUGCUCGCAGCGACAAAGGCCCACUCUUCGGCGAACACAUCGACGCCAACUUUCUUGCAAUGCAUGAGGAGGUUGAGGCGAACGCUGCCCGGGAUGACGUUGGUGUUAAGCCGCUUGGUUCUGGUAGUGACUUCACUGUUUUCCUUCAACGUCUUGGCAUCGCCAGCUUGAACUUCGGUUUCGGCGGCACGCUCUCGGACCCCGUGUACCAUUACCACUCGAUCUACGACUCUGAGCGCUGGCAAGAGCUUUAUUCUGACCCUGGCUUCGUGAAGCACGUUGCGGUCGCGAAGCACCUUGGUCUCCAGACGAUCCGCCUCGCAGACGCCAUCAUCCUACCCAUCAAUACGACGCACUACGCGUUUGAGCUCGAGAACUACCUCGACGGUGUUGAGGCUCUCGCUGAGGCGUCGUCUCUCUCGGUGAACUUCGCACCCCUCCGCGCGUCGAUCAAGGAGCUCCAGUUCGCCAGCAUCAAGCUCGACCACGAGAAGUACCACGCCGAGAAGUUCUUCAAGAAGGCGCUCAAGUCGCUUCAAUGGUGGCGUCAUCAUCACCACAAGCCGGGCUUCUUCGGCUCGAUGCUGCACAAGUGCAAGCAUAUGCUCGGUCUCGCGCCCAAACACCACUUUGAGCACGGUGUACCGCAUGUAGCCGCACACGACAACCACGGCAACCACGAGCUCAAGCACAUCGAGGCUGCUGCUCACCAUCACGAGCACGAGCACCCGCACCCGCCUAAGGGCAAGCUCGCGCACUUCAUCCACAAAUGCAAGAAGGUGCUCGGUCUGGCCAAGGCGCAUGUUGAGGCUGGCCAUGCAGAGGAUCGCGUCAAGCCUAAGCAGCACAUGCCUGCCCAUCGCCACCACGAGCAGGAGAGCGAGGGCAAACGUCUCGAGUCGCGUCGUCACCAUCAUCACGAUCACGAUGUUGAGGCUCACAGCGAGCACAGUGGCGCUGGCUUCCCUCACCCGAAGCUCCCUUGGCCAUUGAACCCUAAGAAGGCGCUGGUCAAGGCCGCCAAGGCGGUUCGCAAGGUCAACAAGAAGCUCGCGACGUUCGAGCAGGGCUUCAUCUCCGAGGGUGGUAUCAAGGAUCGCGAGUGGUAUCGCCACCUCGGCGUUGCACCUGGAAAAUGGCUCGGCUACGGCGCUACGACUCUUCCCGCACUCACAGAGUCUAUCACGAUCGAGAAGAAUGCGACGAUGGCCGUGGAAGAAGCCAAACGCUUGGAAGACCUCGUCGACAAGCUGACUGAACUCCUCAAGGCGUAG